AUGGAAGAUGGUGGCGCUGGGCUACGAGCCCCACGCUACCCCGCGGAAGAUACGAGUCCAACCACCGAUCGGGAGCUGAGGGGAUUUUUUUGCUACGGACUCGCUGCUGAGGUUUUUGCUGUUUGUGCAGUUGGAUCAUUUUUACCCGUCACAUUAGAACAACUCGCGCGUGAGCAAGGCGUUCUUUUUAUUGAUAAAGUAACACCUUGUACGGCGAAGAAUGCAACAGUUAUUGCAAAUGCUACUGUUAAUGCAUUGAUGUCCAGAGCUGAAGGCUCGGAUACUCAUCAAUGUAUCAUCAACGUGUUUGGUGCCGAAUUAACAACGGCCAGUUUUGCAAUGUACACGUUUUCUGCUUCUGUGUUUAUGCAGGCUCUUGCCCUUGUCUCCGUCAGCUCGGUUGCUGACCAUGGUACCUGGCGUAAAAAGCUCCUGGCAGGAUUCGGACUCACGGGAUCUGUGUCUGCUAUGCUUUUCCUACUGGUGGUACCCCAGAUCUUCGUGGUUGGGUCCUUUUUAACCGUAAUUUGUGUUGUCUGUCUUGGAUGCUCGUUUGUCAUCCUCAAUUCAUACUUGCCACUACUUGUCUUGAAUCAUCCAGUUGUCCAGAGCGAUGAAGAUCAUCCAACUGCCUCUUCAUCGAUUCCACUUCAGCCAAUAUCACCCCAACGGAGUAGUCGAAAGUCGGAAGAGAGUCUUCACCAAGUGAACAGAAAAGAGGUCGAUAUUGGCUCUAAGGCUGACUCUUCUGAUCUUCAGCUCUCUACCAAGAUCUCAUCCAAAGGAGUAGGGAUAGGUUACAUGGCUGCAGUCUCCGUGCAAGUAAUAUGUAUUCUUAUUCUGUAUAUCAUGAACAAGACGGGAGUUUCGUCAACACUUCCUCUUCGGACAGUGCUGUUCUUUGUCGGAUCUUGGUGGCUUACCUUUACCAUUCCAUCAGUUAUGUGGCUUCGAGAUAGACCUGGACCACCAUUACCAACUGCACUGUAUGAGGGACGAGCCUUCGUGCGUACUUGCAUGUCGUACACAAUAUUCGCUUGGAAGUCGCUUUGGAAAACAGUCAAGGUCGCCGUCAAGCUUCGGCAAGUCCUUCUCUUCCUUAUCGCUUGGUUUCUUCUUUCAGAUGCUGUGGCCACCAUCUCUGCCACGGCCAUUUUAUUUGCUAGAACUGAGCUGCAAAUGGGAACUGUCGCUGUAGCUUUACUCUCCAUCAUAGCCACCAGCUCAGGGAUAAUUGGCGCUACGGUUUGGCCUAUCAUAUCAAAACGAUUUACAUUGAAGACAAAUCAUAUAAUUGUAUGCUGUUUACUGCUUUUAGAAUUGGUUCCGUUGUACGGACUUCUGGGUUUUCUGCCAUUUGUACAGGCUUGGGGAGUUGGCGGACUGCAGAAAUGGUACGAAAUUUAUCCCCUAGGCAUUAUUCACGGGAUGGUUAUGGGUGGACUAUCCUCAUACUGUAGGUCCUUCUACGGCCUCUUGAUACCACCUGGUAGCGAAGCCGCAUUCUAUGCAUUAUUCGCUAUCACAGAUAAGGGAAGUUCAGCAGUAGGACCAGCGAUUGUAGGGAAGAUUGUAGACGCAACAGGACAAAUUCGGCCCGCAUUUGGCUUUCUCGCAGUAUUGAUUGCCUUACCCAUUCCUCUGAUUUGGAUGGUAGAUGUUGAGAAAGGACAAGAAGAUGCGAUUCGCAUGGCUGGGUUGAUGAAGACGACUGAUGAUGGGCAUGAGGAUUUUGAAUCAUUUGAAGGAUCAUCUGAUGGUCAUGAAGCCGAAGGGCUGAUGCGGGAUCACGAUUGA